AUGGUUCUAGCCCUCGUUUUCGUUAUUAUCGGCCAGAUUCUUAUGUUUGUCUGCGGUGGCUGGAAUCAUUUGCUUUCAAGGUCGAAAGAAGAAAAUCCCCGAAUUUUCAAAAACCUUGUCCGGGUUUCUGCCUUUUUCUUUUUCCUUGCUGGCGUUUUUCUCAUCAUCGUUUCGUCUCUUUUCACCGAUAUAAUUCUCAAGUCAUAUUCGAGCGACACGAAAUUCGGUCCCGUCAAUGGAAAUAUCGUCGUUCAGCAGCAAAAUCAAAAUACUGUCAGAUACGAAUUCGGAGUUUGUCUCUAUCUCGGCUUCAUUUUUGGGUUUUUCGAGCUCUCCCUUGGUUUGGCAACGCUCUGCCUGAAUCCAUAUUUAAAAAGAAACCAAGAAGAGGAAGAGCCAGAUGAAAGAUCUGAUCUUCAAUACGGCUACGAUGGCGAAACUUUUCAUUCUUAUCAAUAA